UCAUCAUACAUGCUCCUUUAUCCUUCAAAUCCAUGGCCAUACAUCCAAAGAUGUUCUUCUUCCCGGCAUGCUCCACAAUCAUUAUAUAGAUGAUCAGAUCAGCAUCGCAAGAGAACAGUUCCCAUCUCUUUUUCUGCACCAUAGUACAUACAUACACCAUCUAGUAACAUACUCUUUGCUUUCCUCUCCAUUCUUUCCAUGUUGGCGUCCACUUAAAUCUUCCACAAAGCCAUCCCUCGACCCUUUCCUUCUUUUUUUCCUGGCCUUUAUUAUUUUCCCAUCCUCUCCUCUCCAAUGGCACUAUCCUCUACAAAUAAAUUUCGAAAGCAGGUGACGCUUUCGCCCAUGCCAUUCCUUGCACUCCACCCAUGCCCCCCUCGCCCCGUCCAAGCCCAACAAGUGCUCGCCACUGCUCCACCAACACCGCCGCCGUACCUCUGUGCAGCAAUGGCGACGGCCCCGCCGGCGAUCCCGUUGCCGGACUACCAGGUGUCCGGGGCGGCCGCGGCCCACCAGCGGGGCUCCGUCGGCCCGUUCGUCGGGGUGCUCGCGGCGGUGCUGCUGCUCACCGCCAUGUCAUGCUUCUUCGGCCGGGUGUGCGCGGCGCACGCGCAGGGGCCUGACGAGUGGUACGACUGCGCGAGGCUCGCCGGCCGCCGGAGAUGCUGGUGGUGGCGGGCGCCUCGGCGGCCGGUCAGGCCGGCCGAGGAGGAGGCCAAGCCGCCGCGGGCGAUGCCGUUGCCUGAGCCGUGAACGAUCGAUCGGCCUCAGGCUUUCUGCCCUUCUCUUUGCUGCAGUUUGCAGGAUUUGAAGAGAAGAUAACAGAAACGAUACCUGUUGUUUCCUCCUCCAAUCCUCAACCCCUUCUUUCAGCAUGGUGGCCGUAAUCACGACCGACAAUGGCAGUAGCGCGCUUACCGCUGAGU